CUACAAACGUUACAUUAACGUGGUGACACGCUUAUAACUACUUGAUAUUAUUAAGCAAAAGCAUCCAUCAUCGAAAUAAUUAUAAUUUGAAACUCGAAUCCCACGCCAGACUGAUUUAAACAAACAUAGGAAGUUUCGGAUAACAAGAAAUCAGCUAUGGGACUAUUCACGUACAUACUGCUGGGAGCGGUCAUGCUGGGCUGCGAGGGUUAUUCCUUCUUGGACUUUGCGCACCUGUACCACCAGUACCAACAGCAGAUCCCAUCGCCGUCAGCCCUCAGCCAGGUUGCCUGGGCACGCCAUCACCCGCAGCCCACAACGAAUCGACGGCCCAUCAGUCUCCUGAACUCCAUCAGGCAGUCUAUGUCGCAUCUGUCUAACAGGGCUCAAACAGUCAGGGAGACAACGACGCAGCUUCCGGGGUAUACGAACGUGUGUGACGUCAUAUGCCCCCGUUGGUGCGCCAGCCGGUCCAGUCCUGACGUCAACGUCACUGAUUGUCAUUUCGUGUGCGGCAACGUCUGUAAUAAACAGACUAUAGCCCGGAACCCAUACGUAGGAAACUCGCGCUUCGAGGUUGUUCCUAGUGAGUUCCAGUUCACGCGGUAUGACGUUAACGAUGACAAGCGCGUGUCGCUCGAGGAGUUCGCACGUGAGGAGGGUGUGUCACGACAGGACGCGCAGGUCAUCUUCGACUUUGCCGAUUUCAAUGGGGACGGGUACUUGGACACAGAUGAGAUGAAAGGAGGACCGUUUGUAUUCACAGUGCAAAUGGCAGCGGAGUUCAGCAACAUGGCCAAGGCUUUUCCCGCCACAGUCUGAUAGCUACAUGCAGUAAACGAUACGCUGUGUCGAACAUUCAGUAGAAGAACGUUGAUAUAUUUAUAAGUAAACUGGUUUUAAUGAAACGCGUGGAACAACAUUGAAUAAAUAUUGUUCAGCUAAAAUUCCAUCACUGUAAAGAAAGGUAAUUUACACUUGAUCUCUUAACUAUUCCAUUCCUUCAAAUAAAACAAAAAUAAAACAUUAA